AGCACGUGGCUGUGGACACAGCACAGAGAGAGAGUGCUCGUGAAAUGGCUAUGACCAGCCAAGGGUACGCGUUCCCGGCACCGCCCGGUAUGGAAGGAGUACACUUCGGCGGCGAUGCUCUGGGCCACCACCAAGGCGGUCACCCGACGAUGGAACCUCACAUCAAGAGACCGAUGAACGCUUUCAUGGUGUGGUCGCGUAUCCAGAGACGCAAGAUCGCCCUAGACAACCCUAAGAUGCACAAUUCUGAAAUCUCAAAACGAUUAGGCGCUGAGUGGAAGUUACUGACUGAGAUGGAGAAGAGGCCGUUCAUCGACGAGGCGAAGAGGUUACGAGCCAUGCACAUGAAGGAACACCCCGAUUACAAGUACCGACCUAGAAGGAAACCCAAGACUCCUCUUCAGCAACACGGACAAAUAGGCGGCUGCGCCAAAGCUUCUCCGGGGGUUCCUGUAUGUGGGGCCGUGGCGUCGUCUGUCCCGGUGAGCUCCGGGUUCCCCAGCUUCGCCUUACCACCUUACUUCGCAGCGCCGACAGUUCCGACGCAUCAUUCCCUCGACCUCGGCGGCUACCCACCGCUGCCGCCUUAUUUCGGCUCCGCGUUCGACGCCGUUCAUCUGUCUAAGCUGGUAAGUCAGGCCGCCGCCGGAGAACACUCGACGCCCGCCACCAACAGGAGCGCCGCUGCGGUCGUCAGCUCGUUCUACUCGUCGCUGUACCCGCCGACCGCCCCCGGGAUGGUUUCUCCAGCGUCAGGUGGUCAGACGAAGUCGUUUCAGCCGCCCCCACCGCAUCUCAGUGCCCUCUUCCAACAGCCACCGCCUCAGUUCCUCUUCAGCGGUUCCACGACGCCGGGACAGCACAGUCCUGGAUCGAGUCCAGGUGAGAGUACAGCAUCCGCGCUAGAUUUGGAGCAGCUCAGAAGACCUGUGUCUGUGAUAUUCUAGUCGAAUUGUGAAUGAACCCCGAGGAGCUUGUGUAUCAAACGUACUUCAUAAACUGUAAGUUGCUUGCUAAACAAACUUUGUUGAGAUGAGAACUUGCCUGAUUUUGAUUCGGAAACAAAUGACAUGUUCAAAAUUGCGGAUGAAAGUCUAUAUAGACAUCCAAUCGGAGUGAUUAUCAAUUUUAUUCUACUCCUGAAUGUUACCAAAGAUGUUCUUACGUACAGUACCGAUAAAUAAAUAAGUUAUGUUAGAGAUAAUAGGUAUGUUAGCGUAUUAUUGCAACAAGGAGCUUAAUAUUUUGCGUGUUUGCUCAAUUCUCUUUCUUUCCCGCUCUGAAAUAGUCUCUCGCAUAUUCAAAAUGAAUUGGAAAUUUUAGACUGAUUGAACCAAGUACCAUCCGUAGUGCGGAUUAUAUUAUAUACGUACAAAAGGUUAAGUCUAAAGUCUUUAAACCUUUCCAGCUUUAAUACGCUUACAUUUUAAAACCUGAUCUGAGGUGGAAAAUUAUGUAGGCAAUCUAUACAGUACCAUUUACUCCUUAUGUGAUUUUCUCUGUUCAUAUGGGCGUGCAUUUUUUUAUAUAGUAUUCGGGCUAAUUAAUUUGUUAUAUUCUCUUUCUGCCUCAGUUUAAAUAAUAAAAUUCUUUCAGAUAGUAUUUUUUACUUCUUGUGUUUUAAUUAAAGCUAAAUUGCCAAUGGCGUGACAUCACAGUGUACCAUGGGCCUACUUAAUUUGUUAUUUAAGCAUGAAGGAGAAGUCCAUUAGAGUUACAUUUUACUGCGUGUGUUUUAUUAACAAAGGUCUUAAAAUUCACAACGUUCGAAGGAUGGAUCUUUAUUCAUUUAAAGUAAGACAGCAGGACGCCAUCCUUCAA